AUGCAGCAGUGGCAAGUCGGCCCCGUGCCGGAGUACAUCUACUCCAACUCCACUCAUCAGCCGAACGAGAUCCACUCCCAACAUCCUUAUCAGGCGCAGCAAACCCAGCAGCAGCCUGAUAUGCAGCAUCGGGACCAGCGCCAAUUCCAAUAUGGUCCUCCUCAAGGCAGUCCUGCCGCGCAGCACCAGCAGCACCAGCAACAGCAGCAUCAACAGCACCAACAGCAGCAGCACCAUGCUACUCCCGGACAGCCUGCCAUGGGUGUGACUCAGCAGCAGCCUGCCCAGCAGCAGCCUUCGUCACAAACUCAGCCGGCCACUCAGCAGGCCCAACCUGCUGUCGCAACACCGGCCCCCAGUCGCCAGCGCAAGAGGCCGGCACCCUCAACAGCUUCGCCAGCCGUGACAGCUACCCCCCCUGUUCCCGCCGCUACAGUUCCCACCCCAACUGCCGCGCCGGCGACCGUGCCCGUGCCAGCCGCUGCUGCAGCUCCCCCAGCGGUCUCCGAUGACGCUGGUGCUGCGCCCGUUCAGCCUCCGCCCGCAAAGAAGAGCAGAACAAACACCCCAUGGACGCCCGCGGAGGAGCAGCGCCUCAAGCAGAUGCGAGACGCGGGCAACAGCUGGGCUGAGAUUGCCAAGAGCCAAGCUCUCCUCAACGCCAUCAAGGAGUACGAGAGCAAUAAGUGGAAGGUUAUUGGGCAGAAGGUUGGCAAGCCGGCCAAGGCCUGCGAGCAAUACGCCAAAGAGCAUUUCCCAGAUCUCGGCGCGAAGAGCACACGGUAA